UUAUUAGUAUAAUAUAUAUAUCAUAAUUAUUACUAUUAAUUAAGUACUUAAAAUGGACAAAUCAAAGAAACGUUCUACAAACUUUAGCAAAGAGGAGGAACUUGGUUUAUUGCAAGAAAUCGAAAAAUACAAAGAUAUAGUAGAGUGCAAAACUACAAACAAAGUGAACAAUAAAGAAAAGGAAGAAGCAUGGCAAAAAAUUUUAACUAAUUUUAAUGCUAAAAAUGUGGUAUGGAGAACAGUGGAACAAGUGAAAAAUAAAUAUGAUAAUAUUAAAACGAGAACAAGAAAAGUUGUGGCCAAAGAAAACUCAUAUUUAAGAGGCACUGGUGGUGGUCCUGAAAUUAAAACUUUAGAGGAUCCUGUGAUUGAGGCAACCCUAAGAAUCAUUAACGAAAAAACAGUGGUGGGCUUGAAAACCAUUUUCGAUAGUGAUGAGACAAUAAAAACUAAUUAUGUGUGGGAAAACAUUCCCAGUACUAGUGAAGAAAAAAUACCUGACAAACUAAGAAAGAAACCCAAAACAGAGGAAAAAACAAAUUGGAGUACAUAUGUUCCAACUAAUUUACAAACGCCCAAAAAUAAAAAAUUGCUGCCAACAAUUAGAAAUCCAGUUUUUUCUGCAAAAGAAAGAUAUUACAGGAGAAAAUAUAGACUUCUCCUGAGAACGUUUAAAGCAGAAGAAGAAGAAAGAAGAAAAAGGAUGGAAAGGGAACAAAAGAAUUAUAAAGCAGAAGAGGAAGGAAGAAAAAUUAAGGAAGAAAGAGAAAAAAAUAUAUAUGAAAAAAAAUGUAAAAUUAAUGGAUUUAGACAUACAAUUAAAACAAAAACAAUUGGGGAAAAUGAAUAAAUAAAAAAAUUUAUUACAUUUUGUUUUUAUUAAUAAAUAUAUUUACAAUCUACCAAA